CUCAAGGUUGUUUCUGAGAUCACCUUGGUGACACUUUCAAAGUUGCUUAUCGUCUCACUAUUUUUAGUGGUUAAUCUAGCUGAGCGUGGAAUUCUCAAAAAAUGAUAGAUCUAAGUGGAUAUGUCUGUCUUGUCACGGGAGCUACUCGGGGUAUUGGAAAGGGUGUGGCGGUAGCUUUGGGAAAGUGUGGGGCUACAGUGUAUAUUACUGGUCGAACGUUAAAGACUCCCAAUGACGGUGUCGGGGGUAGUUUACAAGAAACUACGGACGAUAUCAAUAAAUACGGUGGUAAAGCUAUUCCUGUUGUUGUGGAUCACUCAAAUGAAACCCAAGUGACAGACUUAUUUAAUCGAAUCAGUCGAGAACAAAAUGGACGUUUGGAUAUCUUAGUGAAUAAUGUUUACAGUGCUGUCUCCUUCAUAAGUCAAAAUAUUAAGAAACCAUUUUAUGACAUCAGAAACGUAUCUCCAGGAGAAGCUUGGGACAUAGUAAAUAACACUGGUUUGAAAAAUCACUAUAUAUGUUGUGUUUUGGCCACUCGAAUGAUGAUUGAGCAUCAAACAAAGUCAGACACAAAUUCAUCUCGACCUGGAUUAAUUGUAAAUAUCACGUCUGUUGGUGCGAAAACUUAUCUCUUCAAUGUGGCUUAUGGGACAGGAAAAGCAGCACUUGAUCGCAUGACCAAGGAUAUGGCCAAAGAGUUGAAACGUGCGAAUGUUAAUAUAUCUAUUGUUGGAGUUGCACCUGGAUUAGUACGUACGGAACAUAUGUUGAAUUUUGCGGACAAAGGAUCUCUACAACUCGACUUAAAUAACAGUGAAUCACCUGAAUUAACUGGUCGUGUGAUAUCGCAGCUGGCUUCUGAACCGUCGAAAAGACUACUCUCUCGGUCAGGUCAAGUAAUGAACGUUUGUGAUUUAGCGGAAGAGUUUGGCAUAAAGGAGGAUGAUGGUCGUGCAAUCACCAAUCUACGGUCCAUUAAAUUUCUCCUUUCACAUUCUGGCUUUUCUAUAGCGAAAUUUAUUCCCAGUUUUAUUAAAGUUCCAGAAUGGUUAUUCGACAUAAUAUUGAAGUACAAAUAAGAAAAGUUAUACUGCCUUUUUUCUCUCUUAUCUUGAAACUUUUUUUGUUUUGUUUUUUAUACUGUUACCAGACUCAGUGAUUUUUUUUUUAUUAUAAUCAUUUCAGUAAAAUUAUCAACUCGACGAAAAACUUUUUUUGAUUUGAAUAUCCUACUUUUUGAUUUUUCUGGGAAAAUAAUUAAUUCAGUUUAAAA